AUGGCACACAAGCACCUUGGAGAGCGAGCGAGGUCUACCGAACCCCAGAACUGCGCCAACCACCGCACCGUGCAGAAGUCAUUUCUCAACCAGAUAUGCGAAGAUUGUCUGCUCGCAGAGCUUGAUGCUGGGACCAACCCUGAUCGCAAUGUAGAAAACGCACACGAGACUGAGGUUACUGUCCACGGGAGCGGCGAGGGCCUAAUUUGGGAUAGUGAGGUGAAAAUCGAGAUUGAAGGUCACGGACUGGUGUCUCCGACGAGCCCAGCUGUACAGAAUGCUCCUCAACCUAUUAUCGAACCCCUUGACAACAGGCAAAUUUUCGAGAGUCAGGUCCAGAUCACAAUACAGUACGAAGACCACGGUGAGACUGAAGAAGACUUGCGUUCACCGACCUUCACAGCGUCGCCACCCGUCCGUUCCUCGCGCACCUCUUCGGUCGGCAUAUCACCAGCAGGCGCGCGUUACACCCACUCCUGCCAACUCAGGUCACCCAACUACCUGUCCAAGAGGCAUGGGCGUGACUUCCGAAGCAAGCUUUCUGAGCUCGAUGACGCUGAUGACGAGUUCGAGCGCAUGGAACGGUUUUCAGGUAAUCCUCGACAGACAGAGCGAGGACGAGCUUUGACCCGGUCAAACCUACGCAAGGUUGAGAAGAGCGAGCCAGAGGCCGAGAUGCCGGUCGAGUCUGUCAGUGUGCGUACUGCUGGCUGGCCGGGAUCUAGAUUUCACAGCCUCAGGUCCUUAUCCACAACAUUCGUCUCUGUUGUGAGAGGCGACGAGGCGAAAACUGUCCAGACCUCGGCGACCUAUCCGACAAGCAGUUCAUCCUUGUCGGUGCCACGGAUAAGGAACCCCUUCCGCACCAUUCGCAGCCGCAGAAGUUCGCCCCUGAUGCAGGAGUCGAGUUCGCUCUUCCAUGCAUCUUGGAAAGAUUCUCCUGUCAAUCAUGGAUUAGUCUCUGAAGCACAUAAUUUGCAACUCAUGCUGCCUAGGAAAUCGACUUUGAAGGAUCUCACACUCUGUUUGGCAAAAGACCUCAAACGCACAAAGGCGGUGUGGCCGCCGUCCACCGGUACACCUUGUGAACUCCUUCAGAGUCCGAGCAGUAUGGGGAUAUAUAGUGACUGCGACGAUCAGGAGACGGCCUUCUCAGAAACGCAAACGUCGGACUCCCAUUCUGAUACUGCCUUUGAGACCGAUUCAAGAGUCACCAGUCUACACAGCGAAGCGACGCCAGCGCAUUACGGGGAUAGAGAAACCUCGGGCUGCUGCAUGAUCCCGAGCAUUCCGAAACCGUCGACUAUGAACACCCUGCGUGCUGUCAUCGAUGACCUGGGUCUGGGAGUUGAUACUCAAGGUGCUUGUCCGUCACAGGGCCCGAUCGCACCAGAUGUAAGGUAG